UCAUGUCUGCCGGAAACAAAAUGGAAAGAAGCUGAUUGGCCGGACAAGUGAAUGAGGUCUUAAUGGCGGAACAUUACAUUGUUGUAAUGUGUUCUGUUUCACAAAUCGUGGAAUAAAUUUGACUUGUUGAUUUUAUGUAGCCAGACUGUAAAAUGGCCACUCUAGUUUUGGACAACGGAGCAUAUACGGCGAAGAUAGGAUACAGUCAGGAGAAAGUCAGCGUCAUCCCAAACUGUCAGUUUCGCUCCAAAACGUCCAGAUUAAAAACUUUCACAGCCAAUCAGCUCGAUGAGAUCAAAGAUCCUUCGGGUCUCUUUUACAUCCUCCCCUUCCAGAAGGGUUAUCUGGUCAACUGGGACGUCCAGAGGAAAGUGUGGGACCAUCUGUUUGGAAAGGAGAUGUUCAAGGUGGAGUUUGCCGACACCAGCAUCAUCAUCACCGAGCCGUACUUCAACUUUUCCUCCAUCCAGGAGUCGAUGAAUGAGAUCCUGUUUGAGGAGUACCAGUUCCAGUCGGCUCUCAGAAUAAACGCCGGCUCCCUCGGCGCUCAUCACUACUUCCACACGAAACCAUCAGAGCUCUGCUGCUUGGUGGUCGACAGCGGAUUCUCCUUCACCCACAUCGCCCCCUACUGCCGCAGCAGGAAAAUGAAGGAGGGCAUCCGCAGGAUCAACGUGGGAGGGAAGCUGCUGACCAAUCACCUGAAGGAGAUCAUCUCAUAUCGGCAGUUACACGUCAUGGAUGAAACUCAUGUAAUCAAUCAAGUGAAAGAAGACGUCUGUUACGUCUCCCAGCAGUUCUAUGAGGACAUGGAGAUCGCACAAAUGAAGGGGGAAGAAAACACUGUGAUGAGGGAUUAUGUUCUUCCAGAUUUUAGCUCCAUCAAAAAAGGCUUUUGCAAGCCGCGAGAGGAGAUGGUCUUCAGUGGAAAGUACAAGACAGGAGAGCAGAUCUUGAGGUUGGCCAACGAGCGCUUUGCCGUUCCUGAGAUGCUCUUCCACCCGGCAGACAUCGGCAUCCAGGAGAUGGGCAUCCCCGAGGCCAUCGUGGACUCCAUCCAGUCCCUCCCAGAAGAAAUGCAGCCACACUUCUACCAGAACAUCGUCCUGACUGGAGGAAACACUUUGUUUCCGGGCUUCAGAGAGCGGCUGGAGGCCGAGCUGCGAGCUCUCGCCCCCGCCCACCUCCCCGUGUCGGUCCUGCACCCUGCAAAUCCGAUCUGUUAUUCCUGGGAGGGCGGGAAGCUGCUGGCCCACAGUCCGGACUACGACGAGAUCGUGGUGACUCGAGAGGACUACGAAGAGAACGGACACUGUAUUUGUGAAGACAAGUUUGACAUUUGACCCAAAUGAAACUCUGAGCUGCAGAUUCUUCUUCUGCAGCGUCGACAUGUCAAAAAAUCCCCGAGAGUUCGUAGCCAUGGAAACCUGCCAGCUGACUGUUUACAUCUCAUCUCUGAUUCCCUGGCACGAUAAACAGGAAGUAAAAGGAGAAAUGAUUUUUCUACAGCAGUUCUGUUUCAUUUCAACGUGUUAUAUUUUUCUACGUGUGUGUGCUGCUUGUGUUUCACUUCCUGUAUUGUUGUCAGUAAAUUCUGAAAUGGCGUUUUGUUCAGACUGCUGGGAAUUCAUGUUUAUAGUUUUAACAGGUGUUGGAUUUUAAUUUUUAUGUUUUGUUUUUGGUCCUUUUCUGUCAGAAAAGAAGGGACAGUAAUUUCACUUUUGUAAAACUACAAGCAACACAAAGUUAUUCAGGCUAAAGCAACGUUUGCUUUGUUGUAACUUUCUUUUUAUUGAUAUUUGCAUGCAAAGAGAUGCAGGCUGCAAUUUCCCAGCCUGGGAUCAAUAAAGUAUAUCUAUCUAUC